GUGCUCGUAGCCGCGUAGCGGCAACGCUCAGUUGUUUACCUACAGGGACGAGCAUUAGGUUCAAGGCUCUUGCUCCUCAUAAAUGUUGACUACUGCCCUCACUGUAAUCAAAAAGUUUUUCGGUAUCAGCACAGAUGUGAGAGAAGCAACCAAACGGCCACUGGAAGAAGAGAGUGAAAAUGAAUUUGAAGAAGUCAUCCUCCAUGAUACUGAACCCCAGAAGAAGAAGAGAUGCUCAUAUGUGGACUAUCUCUUAACAUCAAGUAACAAUACUCCUGGCUUCAGUCCAGUGCUGAUGCAAUUUCCUUGGCUCACAGGCAGAAAAGAGAACCCAAACAAAGUGUCAGAUGUGAAGAUGAACAGUCACAAGAGUCAGCAACAGAAGGAGGGAUGUGGUGCAGAGGCUACAGUUAUAGAAGAGAGAGUGAAAAAGUGGAGUGCUCCUUUCCCUUGCUCCACCUCUUUGUCGGUCUCCUGCACAUCUGAACUAGAGAAUGAUUUUGAGGCCAUGGAGAGGAGAAAGGCAAGAAGUGUGGGUGAGCUGGCCACAUGCUGUCACCCUCCUGCUCACAGCUCCCUUGCUGACUUCCGCUUUGUUCCAAGCAGCUCUGGGUCAGUUCAGUCUGAUUUUCCUUCCAAGCAGAAAAGCAGAAAUUCUGAUUGUUUAAGCAGUUCCAGAAAUCACAAAUCCAAGAUGAGAAAGUCUGAUUUCAAAGGCCCCCCAACAACUGUUCUUAGACUGUUGGGAAAAAAGAAGUCAUCAAGCUUUUUAUCAUCUAGAAUAAAACACUCUCUAGUUCAUAAGAGUUUCUUGCAUGAAGAGAAAAUUAAGUAUCGACAGCUGCUGCAGCAAUAUAUAGACCAUUACUGGACUCCCAACUCCAAGGUGCUGUCUCACAAAGUAUCAAGCAGUCUACCUUCUUCGCCUGUGGGGAUGGUGACACGCUCCCAUUGGACUCCUUUCUUGACCAAGAAGAAGCAAGAGGAAAUUGAAAAUAAAUCUUCUAAUCCAUCUUCUCUAAGGCUGUUGCCAUAUGCAGACAAUUCAGUGUUAGAGGAAGUUAUGGGGAAAAAGAAAAUAGUUGGUUUGGAUGAAAAUUUGGAAAAAUACGAGAAGCAAAAGAAGAGCAGCUCCAUUCAUGUGCUUCUGGUGGAUUUAUCCAAAGAAGACAAUGAAGAACAAAACACCUGUGAUAGAGAGUCAGAUGGUGACAGCGUAAUAAUGAUCAAGGAGAUGCUCUCACCCCGAGCCCAGAGGAACUCCCUUGAGGAAAGGUUCAAAGAACAUCCACUAUAUGAUCUUGAAUGGGUCAAAACUAUGCAGAAGGAGUAUGAAGAUAGAGCAUAUAUUGCCCAGAAGAAUGCAAACACCACUUCAGAACUUAUUCAGGAAUUGCAGCAAAGAAGGAACAAAAAAGUCUCUUUACAUGAGAAAGUUACACAGGGACUGAAGCUCCUUGACCUCACCUAUCCUUCCAAGUAUACUGAAGUACAGCUGCCAGAUGAGGAAGAAGAGGAAAUACUUGUGCCUCUAACUCCAGAGAUGGAGAAUGAGAUUGAUGAUGCCCUGAACAAAAUUCCACAAUCUGAAGUCCUGAUUGAAAAGUUCCACAUUCAGAUCACCCGACGGGAUAUAAAAACUCUGGAUGGAUUGAAUUGGCUCAAUGAUGAGCUGACUUGUGGGGUCCCCCAGGGGACCAAGAUGGAUCCUCUAUGCUUCCUCCUCCUCAUUAACGACGCCCUCACUGACACCCCCCAGCGCUGGAAGUAUGUGGACGACUGCACCGUGGGCGUCCCAGUUUCCACCAAGAACCCGGACUACUCGCCACUGCAAGCGAUUCUGGAGCAGCUGCAGACGUGGACGGAGGAGAGCAGGAUGACCAUCAACCACAACAAAACUGUGGUGAUGCAUUUCUGUACCUCCUCUGUACCAGUGCCCCCUCCCCAGCUCUCAGUGGGCCCUCACCCCCUCCAGGUGGUCCGAUGUGCCAAGCUCCUCGGAGUCAUGGUGGACGACCAGCUGACCUGGAAGCAGCAUGUCGCCAGCACCAUAAGAUCAGCUACCUAUAGGCUGUACAUGCUGCGCAGACUCAGGUCGCUGGGGACGCCGACAGAUGAGUUAAGGGGGGUGUAUGUUACUUUCAUCCUCCCCAAACUCAUGUACGCCUCCCCAGUGUGGUCCUCCUCCCUCACACAAACUCAACAGCUACAGUUGGAGAGUGUGCAGAAAAGGGCGUGCAGGGUCAUCCUUGGCCCUGCAUACACCACCUAUGAAGAAGCCCUGAACACCCUGAGGCUGUCCAGACUAUCCACCAGGUACCGUGAGGCUCUGGAGAAGUUUGGUAGGGGACUUCUGAAUCAUCCACGUCUCAGAAACAUGCUGCUGCCUGACGCGCCUCGCCCCGCCCGUGCCACCAGACACCACAACAAGAUAACGCCCCUAAAGGCGCCGCGUAUGGACCGGUACAGACUCAGUGUGAUUCCCACCAUGGUGCGAGCCAUCAAUCAAUAGUCCCUUCUAGAUUUGACUUCUAGAUUUGACUUACCUUUAGGAUUAAUGUCAAGUAUU